AUGACACUCAACACGCAGAACCGUAUCAUCGUUGUGCUUGGGUCUACAGGAUACCAAGGCAAAGGCGUAGUGAGUUCGCUUUUAAGUGACGAUUCGCGGGAAUUGUGGAAUGUCCGCGCAGUCACCAGGGAUGUCAAUUCCGUCUCAGCUCAACGUCUUUUGAAUGAUUUUCAAACCUCCGACCACCGUCUCAGCCUUACUUCCGGAGAUAUUUUCGAUAUAGAAAGUCUUCAGAACGCUUUCUCUGGGGCUUAUGGUGUGUUUGCGGUGACGAGCGAGACCAAUUCAAGAACGAUCGAAAACGAGGAUGACCUGAAGCUGGAGCUCGAAAGCGGGAAGAACAUUAUUUCUGCCGCGAGGAUUUGCCGCAUUCAGCACUUUGUUCUCAGUAGCUUGCCAGACAUGAGACGAGCGACUUCUGGUCGCUUUGACAAACUUUUCCACAUGGAUCAUAAGUUUGUCAUUGAGCAGUGGGCAAAGCAAAACCUGUCUGCGGUCACUUGCCUUCUUCCUGGUCUCUUCUUCACCAACCUGGAUCGUCCGCAGUACUGUCGAAGAGAAGCAAAUGGGGUGGUUCUUUUUUGUCCCCCGAUUCCGUCCACAAAAUUAGUUGAGUGGGUUGAUCCUGUACAUGAUAUGGGUAUUUUUGCUGCAGAGGUAUUUGCUUUAGGCAUUGCGAAAACAAAGAACAAAAAUUACGUUGUCUGCAGUCCGAAAUUGCGGAUGGGCGAAUUUGCAUCCACCUUUACGCGAGUCACUGGCCAGCCAGCGAUUUAUUCCCCAAUCUCGAUGGAUGAAUGGGCUGAUUUGGCGUCCAAAGCGGUAGGAAAUGGAUUCAAGGAGGAUAUUCGCCAAAUGAUGGAAUGGAUCUCGAUAGCGCCAGAGGACAAGAUUUGCUACGGGGCUCUUGAUCCAGCCGAAGACUCUUCCUGGGAGGAUCUUCACCUACGAGCUAGUUCUUUCGAAAAUUGGUUAAGACGUUCUGGAUGGAGAGGCCCACCGGAGGGAAAACCGUGA